UGGCCACGCAGCUUCAGUGGGAGGUCUGUUGAGGAGACAGAGGUGAAGAGUUUGUGGCUCAUCACUUCACUGUGAGAACAAAAGUUGCGAGGAGCGCACGCAGAGCUGCGAAUCAACUCCUCUCUGGUCGUGGCUCCCGUGCGUAAUUGUUGCGCCUCCGUCGGUUCCAAACGCCGCACGCAGCGAGGCUUUGUCCCGUCUCUCUGCCUCCGUCUUACCGUCAUGGACGAGGAUAACAGCGCGUUGCCCGACUUGAAGGAUAUUGAGACUAAACUGGGUCGCAAAGUGCCGGACAGUCUCAUUCGCUCUCUCGUUGGAGGAAAACAUCAUGACAAGUCCGCGCCGCCGCAUUUAGUCAACUACAAGUUUUGUGCCAACUCUGGAGACUUGAAGCGACUGGAGAGCAAAAUGCAAUUCCUCAAACAAGAAAUGGCACAUCUACGAGCCAUCGACGUGAAGCUGAUGCAGCAGCUCAUGUCGAUCAACGAGGGCAUCGAGUCCAUCCGCUGGAUGAUAGACGACAAAGGAGGCGCCACCAGCCAAGAUGGCAGCUUGACGGGCAGCUUGUACAGCCUGUCAGACAGCCAGGACGGCACAUCACUGCGAGGCAGCUUCAACAGCUUGAACGAUGGAAACAGCGACGACCUGGACGGUCUGUCUGUCGGCAGCUACCUGGACACUCUAGCAGAAGAUCUCCCCAAUGAUCCAUCGCCAACAGACCUUGACUGCUUUGUGGAGAAAACUGUAAUCGACAGCGAUUCUUUCAGCAAGUCCCCCCUGAAACUCAGGGUGGAGUCGGAUGAAUACUACUGCUUUGGAUAAUGAUGCUAAGCUAAACACGGUGGUCAAAGACUAAAGUUGUCGUGUUGUUUUUCCCACAUGCAUCACAUUUUUCUAAUAUCUCACCAAAUAAGUAAUUUUCAUUUUAACAUUGAAACCAGCUUCCUUAUUUUGCCAGUUUGACGCACCUCAUCAAACCGUUGCCACUUAGGCUACAGCCACAUUACUAUGUUUUUAAUGUUAUUAACUCUGCUACUGAAGGGCCUGUCACUUGAAAACGAUGAAGUAGACACUCACAACCUCUUGCUGAUUGGGUCUUUUGGAUCACGAUGUAGCCUUCACUAAUUCGUCUGGCUCUAAUCACGGGACCCCUUAUGGAAGAAAACAUGGGACGUUCAUGCCUUCCUGUUUACACCAGACGCGCAUGCCCAGCGUGCAUGAGCAGUCACGUGAUAUGAGUUUUCAGGCGUGGUUGGGGAUUAAAACUGAUACAGAUCCAAAACACUUGUGUGGACAGAGAUCUGUUUUCGAAUUUAAAUGUAGUAUUGUGGAUGUGGCCAUAAUGUCCGAAUGCAAGGGAAAAUGCUGUAACUGUUCCUUUAUGUCUUAAUUUUUUAUAAUUCAGAUUGAUUAAACCAAAAAGGUGCAGAGAUACUGAAGGUUAAUGAAUACCUCAGGAGUUUCUUUACUACAAAAUACUUCCUCGCCAAGGGUGAAUUAAAGCAGCAGUUUCCUUCUCGACCUGUGGACCAUUCGACUGGUGUGAUUGUGUGUGAGGUCAACCACAAUCAGCAGAUCUAAGUGAAGGAGUAGAUUAGGAUUUAGCAGCCAUUUGGAAAAUUGGACAUUUCAUGCCGAGCGAUUCAAGAGCCCGCGCUGCUUCAAGUGGCAAAGUGGUUAGUUCAAGUGUUACAGCAAGUGCAAUUUGUUUCAAUGCCAAAACUCCGAGCACCACCUACUGUGUAUGUUAAGCUUUUCAUUGUUUUUACUUCAUUGUUUUUGACUGAUGCAAGUUCCCUAAGCUGAGCCACACUCAGCAAGUGUAGAAUUAACAAUAAGAAGUCUUACACACGCGAGAUUAGUUGCAUAUUGAAAGCACAGAUGCUUGACUGAAAAAAAAACCCAAAGCAGUUUCAUUGUCUGAUAGAUAAUUUAGGCCUGAGGCGAAAACCCUGUUAACACCAGAUGGGAGAUUUGCUGAUGGCGGACAUAAGUGAAACACAUGUUUGCUUUGUGGGCACAUUUUAAUUCUCUGUUGUGCAAAAAAGGUUUAAUGAGAGCUUUGCAAUGCUGUACUUAAGUGUGUUGGUUUGGUUUUUAACUCCCAAAUGUGUUGAUUUGUUUGUAUUUGUAAUGUGGCCUGCUUUUGAAAUGGCUUUAUUGACUGCUGAUAAUUUUUGCUGUCAGAAAUGAAAUGAUAAUAUAUUGUAACUCUCCUCUCGGC